UCACCUGUUUUUUUUUUUUUUUUUUCACUUCUCCUCACCUCCCCUUUCAAAAAGUAUACCCAAACUCAGGGGGAGGUUUCUUAAAUUCCACUAGAUAAGGCAGACUCAGUAUCGGAAAAAAACUCCUUGAGGAUCAAGUAAUUACGAUUUCAGCCCACUUCAAACGAUCCACACAAAAAGAAACAAUGCCACCACCGCCAGAUCUAUCCCGCUACGUCCUCCCGGACGCAGAGGCUCGGGAGAUCUUCACCACCAAGAUCCUCCCCGCCGACCUCCCGCCGACCCUCACCCCGCAUCCCCGCCGGUCCCGGCCCCUCGCCGUACUGAUAGUCGGCCAGACCGGCGCCGGCAAAACCCGCUUGGCGCCCGUCAUCCUCGACGCCAUGACCCGCAUCCACCCGCCCGCCCACCUCAUCGCCGACCUCUACAAAGCCCACCACCCUUCCUACCGCACUCUCAUCGAGUCCGACGCCUCCCAGGCGCAGCAAGGAGGCCCGGCCCUCGCGAGCCCGGCCACGGGCACCGACGCCCGCAGGUGGCUGGCCAUGGCCGUCGCCGAGGCCGUGGACCGCAGGCUCGACGUGCUCCUCGAGAGCGCGUGCCGCCACCCGGACGAUUUCCGUGCGCUGGCGCGCAUGUUUGGGGAAGGGGGUUAUCGCGUCGAGGUCGUCGUCAUGGCGGUGCCGGCGGCGCUUAGCAGGUUGGGUAUCCUGCACCGGUUUCACGAGAGGUUGCCCGAGGCCGGGCCGAGCGGGGGUCUGCCGAUUCGACUUACGCCGGUCAAGAUCCACGAUGAUUCGUACGGGGGGCUGAUGAGCGUGGCGGAGUGGAUUGACGAGGUGGAUUUCGUUGACCGGGUUGUGGUUGUGCGGAGGGGGGAUUUGGUUGCGUUUGCUGAUGACAAGAAGACGACGACGACGGGCGGCGGCAGCAGGUUGCAGGGCAGAGUGGCUGAGGCGGUGGAGAGGGAGCGGAGGCGGCCGCUUACGAAAGACGAGAGGGCUGUUGUGGUGAGGGAUCUGGAGAAAUUGACGGCGCGAGAUGCGCGGGUGGCGGAGCAGGUUAUGGGACUGCUUGAGCCGUUGUUGGUGGACGAGGAUAAGACGUAUCCAGAGCUCAGGCCGUUGGCGUUUCCUCCUGGGGGGCCGCGGGAAGCCAUGCUUACUUUGGGCGAGGCGUGAUGGGGCGAGAUUUUCUGCGACGGAGUGUCAUGGAAUCAGUUUCUGCAUGAGGCGAAGCUCUAGAUGGAUCGAGAUUACAUGAGGACAGCAUCUGGGCAAGGGCAAGGGCACGAUAGAGGCAUUUGCUGGUAACGGUUGGAACGC